GGAAAGGUCCGAAAUGGAGAACAGGAGGUGCACCGUCGUUGCCGUGGGUGACCUUUUGGGGGAGCUUGACUUCUGUUGCGACUGGUGUGGCAAGGUCUACAAGAGUCUUGUCCGAUAUCACAACCAUAUCAUUUACACCCACAAAUUACCUGUGCCGGAGCACCAGUGGUUCAACUGCUUCCACUGUCCACGCAGCGAUUGCAGAUUUCACCAGCAUGGCCCCGGGGUGCAGGUUUUCCGGCAAAUCGGGAAGCUCCGCCGUCACUACCAGGCGAGGCACAUGACGGGGCUCCACACGUGCGAGUCCUGCCAGAAGCAGUACCCCCUGAAGUCAGCGCUGGUGUCUCACAGUUGUCGGCGGAGGCAGCCACCCAACAGGGAUAGGCAGUCCGCAAUAAUUUUGAGAAGACAUGUGUGCUUCGUCUGCGAAAAAAGCUACCAGCACCAGAAGGCCCUACAAAGGCAUAUCAGCUGCAGCAAGCAUGGAAUACCAGAUACUCUGACGGAGGACCGUAAGGAUAAUAGGAAGAAGGUGUGCCUGCUAUGCAAUAAGGAAUUUUUUGCCACCCAUCACUGUCGGGAGCAAACCGAGCGAAACAUUCAGUGCGAUCGGGUCUUCAGCCAGUGGAGUCUGGAGAGCCACAGUAUAUCCAGUUGCCAUAUGCAGGCAGAUGACUGUCGCUUUCUGGUUGAAAUGGAGCAGCUUGUUCGCGGCAUUGAGGAUGGGACUGUGCAGGACCCAUUGUUACUCACGGAACUCUCUUCCCUGCUUCCGGUGCUUCGGCAGAUCCAGGAUUCUGAUUUGGAAAUUAAGUAAUUUUUUUUGAAACGACCAAAUAUAACAAUAU